AUCUCGAAUCAAAAUCCGCGAUGAUUGAAGCGCUACCUAGUAAUAAAUUUCAAAAGUUUUGUCAUUUACACAGAACGUAGAUAUAUGUCACAUUACAAGUAUAUAUAUAAAAUUACAGCUGACCGCUGAAGUGAUGGGUUAAAAAUGAAGCUUUUUAAAUUAAUUGUACAUCAAAAAAAUUUUAGUGGUGAAGAUUUAAUAAUUAACCCCAAAGAUUAUCCAGGGAUAAAAACUGGAGACGUCGUUGAAAUUUAUCAUCCCGAAGAUGAGUUUAGCCGCUUACUCCUGCAGGUUACAUCUUUCAAAGAAGAUCUUCAGGGACGAGAAACAAUUAGUGUUGAAAAUAAUGUAGCAACGAUGUUUCAAUUAAGAACUUUUGCUGAUGUUUAUAUGAAUAUAGUAAAUCCAGAAGAUGUAGCAUUAGAUUCGGUUGAAUUAACCUUUAAAGAUCAAUAUAUGGGACGCAGUGAAAUGUGGAGAUUGAAAAAUAGCUUGGUGAAUACUUGCGUUUAUAUGAAUAAGAAGAUAGAAUUUUGUGGAGGUAGCAUUCGAUGUCAAGUAUACGAAAUGUGGUCUCAAGGUGAUAGAGUUGCUUGUGGUGUUAUUACUGAUGAUACUAAGGUAGUCUUUCGUUCUUCAACAAGUAUGGUUUACCUUUUUAUUCAAAUGAGCUCAGAAAUGUGGGAUUUUGAUAUUCAUGGUGAUCUUUAUUUUGAAAAAGCAGUAAAUGGAUUUUUAGCAGAUCUGUUUCAAAAAUGGAAGAAGAAUGGUAGUAAUCAUGAAGUAACAAUAGUUUUGUUUUCAAGAACAUUUUAUAAUGCCACACGUUUAGAAGAAUUUCCAAAUCAUAUGAAAGAGUGUUUACAACAUGAUUAUAGAGGUCGAUUUUAUGAAGAUUUUUAUAGAGUAGCAGUACAGAAUGAAAGAUAUGAAGAUUGGAGUAAUGUAUUGGUGCAGUUACGUAAAUUGUUUACUGAUUAUCAAAAGAUUGUUUUGGAAUAUCAUCAAAGACCAGAUGUUAGUAUGCCAAAAGCAGUAAAUUCUACAGCAGCACAAGGAAAUUUUUUAGAAGUCUUAAACAUGUCAUUAAAUGUGUUUGAAAAACAUUAUCUUGACCGUAGUUUUGAUAGAACAGGUCAAUUGUCAGUUGUAAUUACUCCAGGUGUAGGUGUAUUUGAAGUUGAUAGAGAAUUGACAAAUGUUACUAAACAAAGGGUUAUUGAUAAUGGAGUAAACAGUGAUUUGGUUUGUGUUGGAGAACAACCAUUGCAUGCAGUUCCUUUAUUAAAGUUUCAUAAUAAAGAUACAUCUAUAAAUGCACCAGAUGACUACAGUAUGCCUCAUUGGAUUAAUCUUAGUUUUUAUUCAACAAAUAAAAAAAUACCUUAUUCUACCUUUAUACCACGCAUAAAAUUGCCUCAAAAGGUGUCAAAACAUUCUAUGGACAAUGGUAGAUUAAAUUGUAAAACUAAGCUUUUACAAGAAGACCCUAGAGAAUGCUUGCAUAAUUCUUUAUUUGAUUAUGAUGCUUAUGAUGCUCAAGUUUUUCAAUUGCCACAUGUUCAUACUUCAAGUAGUUUGCAAAGAGUUACUACAAGAACUAAAAAAACAAGUGUGGCAUGCAUUGAGACUCAUAAUAAUGCUCACAUAUUAAAGCUUUUAAAACGUAAAAUGUCAGAUCCUGAUAUUCAUCAUCCACCACCUGAAACACAUGCAUUAAUACCAGCAGCAGGAAGAAGUGCUGCAAUCUCCAUACCCCAUCGGACAGAAAAUGUUGAAAAUAACGAUUCUAAUGAGGAAGCAAAUGUAUCAAGAACAUCUAUCAAAAGUGAUAUAACUGAUUCUGAAAUAUCACCACCAUUCAGACCAGUUGUUGGAAGUGCUGGUAGUCCAACUAAUUCAAUUUCUCAACCUACAAAUAUAGUUAGACCUAGCAGAGCACUUAUUAAUCCUUUUGAUCCUUCACAUGUUACUAUAAAAUUGACUAGUAAUAGACGCAGAUGGAGUCAUAUUUUUCCUAAAGGUCCAACGGGUGUUUUGAUACAACAACAUCACUAUCAAGCUAUUCCCACACAGUCACAUCCUGAACCUCAGAGUGAUACUACUUCAACAUUGAGUGGAUCUCCUAUGGAGCAGAUUACAACUAUUAGCAAUCCACAUCACAUAUCAAGAUCAGCUUCUCAAAUUGGAUUUCAAGAUCAUACAAAAGGGAAGUUUCAACGCAUAAAUUUGAUAGGUGGAGAUAGAGUGUCAAAUACUAAUUCAUCUGGAACUAAUAAGAGUUUAACUCUUUUAUGGGGUGCCACUGGUGAGCAGGAGUGGACACCAGCACUUACAACAGCAAUCAUAGGUGUUGAUUGGAAGUCAUUAACAAUUCCAGCUUGUUUGCCUAUUACUACAGAUUAUUUCCCAGAUAAAAGGAGUUUACAAAAUGAUUAUGUAGUUUCGGAUUAUAAUCUGUUACCAGAUGAUGUAAAUGCGGAUUUUGCACAACAACGAGCGGUUUAUAAAAAACCUUUAACUACUGCAGAAGUCUUUAAAGAGCUCGUUUCACAAAGAUUGGCUCAAGGUUUUCAAUUAAUUUUAUUACCACCUAUCAAUAAAAAUCAAAGUAAUACACCUGGUAGUGGUACAAGUGCACCCAUAAGUUCUGUAAUGCGAGGAAGACAAACAGAAUCUGAACCAAAAGAAGAAUACUUACUUAGCAUUGGACGAAUUUUUCAUAAAAUAUCACUUUAUGGUAACUCUAUAACAGUUACAAGAUACAGGCCAAGGCAUCCUUAUCCACCAUUUAAUAUACAUUAUCGAUAUAGAUUUCAUGCUCCUCAUCAUGAUACAUAUGAAGUAUCAUGGGUAUCUUUUACAACAGAAAAACUUGAAAAUUAUAAUUGGAACUAUUUAGAUCAUUAUAUAUGCACAAGAGGACAUACUGAUUUUGCUUUAGUAGAGACUCUUAAAUAUUGGAGGUUCAGAGUAUUCUUGCUGCCAAUGAACAAUUUUGCAACUCGGAAAAUUUUAGAAGGUUCAUCAAAGUGUGAUAUAUACACACCAGCUUCUGCAGCUGAGCAAGCUUCUCUUAUGGAUGGAUUUUUACGUUUUAUAGAAGGAUGGUUGAAUAAAAUACGACGUCCACAUCCUAAUAAAAACUGGCAUGCUAUGUUUCAGAGUCCCACAGUUCUAAAUGGUGUUCCUCCAAGAGACCCUGCCUCUCAUUUGACCAGACGCAGGCACAGCACGAGCCUAAUAUUCCUCACUAACCAGACCAGUCUAGUCAGCAGCUCUCCCUUUAGAGAACGACUUGGAAGCAACCGUCUACCAGAGAAACCACGACCAAGAUCUGGUUCAAAAGUAAUGGACAGAGGAAGAGUAUCCCCUGCAAGUGAAGCAGUUCUUCCUCUUGCUUUGGAGCAACAACAACAAGAUCACUUUGAAACUAAUGAGGAUAGUGCUAACAUGGAAUUAACAAAGUUGAAAAGCAAUGCUACAAAUGCAGAAAUUUUGGAAGCUAUGAAACAUCCACAAACUGGAGUAGGAUUUCUUACACAACAUCCAUCUUUACCAAGUCAAACUUUUGUUAGUGCAGAUGCAGUUCAAUGGCUAAGUAAUAAUACAGAAGGUGGUGUUACUGUAGAAAGUGCCAUCAAUACUAUAAAAGGAAUGAUUCAAGAAACGCUUAUUUGUCACGCAUCUGGAGAUUUUUCUAAACCUUUUAUAUUAGGAUUUUAUUUGUAUCAUAUAGUUCAAGAUAAGGAAAACCAAAAAGCUGCAGAUUAUUCACCACCUUUGGGUGACCUACAAAGUUUUGAAAAUGAGUGGGUGGAAGUUGAAAUGAAAGCUCCCAAAGGACCACCAUAUAAACACACACAUCUAGAUAUUGACAUUAAUAACAAAAGUGAUAGAAUAGAGUGGGGGCAUCUUAGGUAUCAAUCUGUAUAUAUGAUCGAUCAUUCUUACGAACUUGUAGUGCAAUGGGUAGCUUCGUCUGGUAGUAUUGUAGCUGAUCUUAUAUUCAUCUGGCAACGAAAGGCUCAAAUGUGCGGGAUUCAAAUGGUACCAAUUCCAAGUGAUUUGUUAGCUUUACCGUUUACUCUAAAGAGUGAUCCUUUAAGAGGUCCUAUCUUUAUACCACUCGAUACAGAAUGUCUUAUGGGUAAUAAAAAAUAUCUAUUUGAAGAAUUUCGUGAAGAUACGUAUGCUCAGAGAUUAUUCUUAUUCCAAGAGGCCAUAUUACGGAGAUUUGGUUUCAUACCAUGUUUGAUUGAAAAUUCUGAAGAUGAUCAUCAAUACGUUCAUGUGACUGGAAAUGCUUUUAUACUUGUACCAUCCACAAAAAGUAUCAGGCCACGUCAACGUACUGGCACGAAUAUAGUAAGACGAAGUACGGGACAAAAAAGAUACCCAGUACAUCCGGAACAACCAAGUCCACAUGAAGCAUAUAUCACGCGUCAUGUUAGUGGGAAAAGUAAAGACGAUUAUAAUGUAGAUAGGCGAAUGGGAUUUCUUUGGUCAUGGAAUCAUAUGAUUAGUCGAAAGUGGAAAUCGUUGUCCACUUCAGCUGGCGAUGAAUUAUUUCAAAAAAAAAUUAUUCAAGAUUUUAAACAUUUUUGCUCAAACGGAGAUAAUAGGUUGAAGAAAUUUUGGGAUUCUUGUUGGGAGUUGAAAGAAAAAAGUUGUACACGUUUAAAGCAGUAAGAGGUAUAGAAUUAAGUUUUAUUAAAAAUGUAAAAAAUGAAUUUGUGGAUAUAUCAUUCAAGAGCUUUAAUAAUAAUUAAUAUUCGUUGAUUAUUUUUA